CUGCCCGCCUGGUUUGACGAGGCGAAGUUCGGCGUCUUCAUCCACUGGGGCGUGUUCUCGGUGCCCAGCUUCGGCAGCGAGUGGUUCUGGGACAAAAUUUGGCUGGAGGAUGUGCAUUCUUCUAGCAGAGUGCCUUUGCUUGCAAGCCUCAGGUGUGCAGAAGCUGCAGUGACCUGGUCACAGCUCUCUCUGGGUCACUCAACUGAAGUGUAGAGGACUCAGGACUGUCAGAGAGGUAAAGCUGAUGAUCCCCAUGUUUGUGGAUGGUAGGGAUUGCAGUGUUGGAGGCAGAGCAGAGAGGCCUGAUGGCUGAAGUGUGACUUGAGGAGGUGGUACUGGCAGAAGGAAAAGAGAGAGCCCUAUGUGAAGUUUAUGGACACAAACUACCCACCUGGCUUCAGCUAUGAAGAUUUUGGUCCUUUGUUUACAGCAGAAUUCUUUGAUGCCAACCAGUGGGCAGAUAUUCUGAAGGCUUCAGGGGCAAAAUAUGUUGUCUUGACUUCAAAACAUCAUGAGGGCUUUACUUUGUGGGGGUCCAAAUAUUCUUGGAACUGGAAUGCUGUUGAUGUGGGACCAAAGCGAGAUCUUGUUGCUGAACUAGCAACAUCUGUUAGAAACAGAACUGACUUGCAUUUUGGAUUAUACCAUUCCCUGUUUGAAUGGUUCAAUCCUCUCUUCCUUGAGGAUGCCACCAAUGCCUUUAAGACGAGAAAGUUUCCAACCAGUAAAUCAUUACCAGAACUCUAUGAAAUUGUGACUAAGUACCAGCCAGAAAUAAUUUGGUCUGAUGGGGAUGGAAAUGCUCCAGAUACUUACUGGAACAGCACUGGUUUCUUGGCUUGGCUGUAUAAUGACAGCCCAGUCCGGGACACAGUGGUGACCAAUGACCGCUGGGGAGCUGGCAGCAUCUGUGCCCACGGCGGCUUCUACACGUGCAGCGACCGCUACAACCCGGGGCACCUGCUGCCCCACAAGUGGGAGAACUGCAUGAGCAUCGACCGCAGCUCCUGGGGGUACCGCAGGGACGCGCGGCUCCCCGACUACCUCGCCAUCGAGGACUUGCUGCAGCAACUUGCAGAAACGGUGUCUUGUGGAGGAAAUCUCCUGAUGAAUAUCGGGCCCACUCACGACGGUCGCAUCCCUGUCGUGUUUGAGGAGCGCCUGAGGCAGGUGGGGGCUUGGCUGAAGGUCAAUGGAGAGGCCAUCUAUGGAACUAAGCCAUGGAGAGCACAGAACGACACACUCACACCUGGAGUCUGGUACACUUUCAGCCCUGAAGGAGGGAAAGUCAAUGCUAUCUUCCUUAACUGGCCAGUCUCUGGGAUUCUGGAACUUGGCGAGCCACAUCCUAAGCUUGGAGAAACACAGGUGAAACUGGCUGGGUACAAGGAACUGCUGAAAUGGGUUGCCCUGGGAGAAAAGGGAAUGGUUAUUUCUCUACCUCAAUUGACUCCUCAACAAAUGCCAUGUCAGUGGGGCUGGACCUUACAACUGACUGAUGUAAACUGAGCCAUACUCUGCUGGAACCCUGGCUAGCAAGGAAUGCUCAUUUUGCUCUUUCUUAUCACCAGUUUUAAACUUACUUGUUUGACUGAGAAGGACCAAUAAAUUCACUUUUUCUAUGAGAGGUGGGCUGUUACUAAAGGAUGAAAUGCAACAAACCUCACAAAGUCUAGCACUAGAUAAUUGAUCCUCUGCACACAGUUUGUUUCUCUGAACUUGUGUAAAACAUUGAGCACCUACCUUGACCUCUACACUUGGUUUAGUCAAGUUUCUGGCCAAGUUAUGUGAAGAAUGAGGUGGGGGGGAAACAGGCACUAGACUUCUUGAGACAAGAAUAAAGCUCAAGCUGGUGUUCAAAUGCAUGUAAGUCAGUUGUACACCCUCUAAUGCAAGAAAUUUACCUUCCAGAAAACUACACAGUAAAAUCUGACAGUUUAGGAGAAAAGAAUAUACUUUUCCAGGUGUCUUUAACUAAUGGUAGCUGGUAAUUUCAGCUGAGUAGGGUAAUGUCUGCAAGAACAGGCCUGUAAGGGUUAGGAAUUCAUCAUAACUGUACACAGGUAAUGCAUAUGUACAUCAUAAUUUCUCAUCCUGGAAGUCAUUUUAUAUGUCCCUAUUCUUGAGUAACUCCAUCCAUUAUUGGGAUACAGGGAAACUGGGAGAGGGUUGGGUUUUUAUAUUUUGUAUAAUUUUGCAUGAGUAAAACUCGCCUCUUGUUUACAGCCUUUGUUUAUACACAGUCACCAGGGUGCCUGCUGUGGACUAUUAAACAAAAUAUAUACUUCAGUGACUAACUCUUGAAAAAAGAGAAAUAAUCAGGAGUUGCUAGGGAUCUUCAACUUUGGCAAAGAGACAACUUGAAAAAUUUCCAAACUCAUCAUGUGUCAUGAUUUAUAGGGACACAAGGUGAAACUUGCAAAGAGGAGAUAAAAGACAACAAAAAGCAUGAAUUAUUUUUGUUUCACUGUAGAGACUGAAGGUUUAUUUUCCCUGAGUAAUGUUUGUUGAGUGCAAAAUCAGUAGUGUAUGAGUUAAACUUAUUCUUUCAACUCUGUCAGGAUUUUGAAUGAUUUUCCCCGUCAGGUUAUUCUCUUCCCUGCUAGUAAUGUUAAUACACACACAAAUUAUACAUUAAAAUAUUUUAUUACAAUACAGACAAUUGGGCUCCAAAUUAAUACAAAUUAAGAUAAAAUAUUUACAAGGUAAUGUGUACAGUGUAGCUGUUUGAACAGCAUAAACAAGAGAAUGUCUAAAAAAACACAUUCCUUUAGUAUUAAGUAACAGAGAGCAGACCCCCAGCUUGUUCAAGGGGAACAUGCAUCCGUUGGCAAAGGCUUUCUGAAGAAUGAGAGGCUUUGGAACAAGAUUUGUAAAGUUAAGGGGAAAAAUAUUUACUUUGUAGAAAGAAAAAUCUGGGGGAAGAAGAAAAAAGCAUUACUUCAUUGUGCUGAUCUGUGCUAUUCGUAGAUCACUAUCAUUAGUUCUUCCUAAAACUUACACACCCCAGGCAAAAAAAAUUGGUAUUUUAGUAACUUGCUGUAAUACUGCCACCAGAUGCCUUUUGGAUGCAAUAAAAAUAACCCAAGGAAUUACAGAAGAGUUUAAUCAUUUUUUAAAUAAAAGAGUCUUCACUUACA